UACUCUGCUGUUAGUCUGAUGUAGCAAAAUCCAAAUUAAAAUUAGAGAAAAAAGAAAUGUCUUUUGGAUCAAACAAUGAAGAAAUCUAAUAGCUGUGUGACUAGUUCUUCCAAAACGGUGCUAAACUGCCAAAAUGCAUAUAAAUUUAAAUAUGUGACAGUGUAGCAGAAGUUAGGAAAAUUAUGUACUGUCUCCAGUGGCUUAUUCCGGUGUUAUUGAUGCCCAAACCAUCGAACCCGGCCCUUAUUCAGACACACGUAAUGUUUAUGGUCCUGUAUUUGAUAGGGUUCUUUUUGGAGAGAAAGCCUUGUACAGUUUGCAGUUUACUGUUUCUUGUGACAGUAUUUUUGAUUUGUUAUAGUGGUAUUGGGAACUGUAUAUUUUGGGGUUCCUAUUGUGAAGACGAAAAUGGAUAACAUAUGUAUGGGGAGUAUAUACAUACAUAUGUAACAGAAGGAAUCUAAUUGUGAUCUUCAAUGAAAUACUUCUACCCCUUAUCUGCCUAUCAUUGUGCUUUCCAGAAUGUAGGCCCUAUUUAUUGCGGUGUAUAUAUUUUUAUAUGUAGGAACAUAAUGUUAUCACUUGUGGCUUUCAAUGCGAACAUAAUUUGAAACCAAAGACUCAUAAUUCCAAUUUAAAAAACUUGAAUGGUUUUUCAUUUGUAUGAAUGAAUUUGUUAACUUUAACUUAUAAUAAUGGUUGAUUUAUAGGAAAUAAAUAAGUUCAGUUUG